AUGGGGAAAGGUGACAAUGUACUGCCGAAGAAUUACCAGCACAUCCUGGCUUUGGCAUUUGCAGUAAAGGAGAUCAAUGAAAACCCUGAAAUCUUACCCAAUGUCACUUUGGGUUUCCGCAUCUAUGACAGCUAUUUCAAUGCCAAGUGGACCUACCAUGCAACACUGCUACUUGCAUCCUCAUUGGAGAGAUUUGUCCCCAAUUACCUGUGUGAUACCCAGAAUAACCUGAUUGCAGUCAUUGGUGGACUGGAUCCCCUCAUUUCCCUUCAUGUGGCAACCAUCUUGGAUAUUUACAAAAUUGCACAGGUAGGAUUUGUGUUUGGAAUACAGAUUUCUACAAUAUGCAAGGCUCACAUUCCCAAAUGCUAUGUAAAUAAUCCACACCCUCCACCUCAUGAAUACCUUCAGUCAGGAGACCUUCUCAUUGGUGGCAUCACUUCUCAGACCUUCAUUAUCUCCAAUUCAAUUGACUUCGUUCGAGAACCCCCACCUCCAUUGUUCAAUGAACUUCUGGUACUGACUAAGAAUUACCAGCACAUCCUGGCUUUGGCUUUUGCAGUAAAGGAAAUCAAUGAAAACCCUCAGAUUCUACCCAAUGUCACUUUGGGUUUCCGUAUCUAUGACAGCUAUUUCAAUGCAAAAUGGACCUAUCAUUCCACAUUGCUACUUGCAUCCUCAUUGGAGAUAUCUGCCCCCAACUAUCAAUGUGAUACCCAGAAUAACCUGAUAGCAGUCAUUGGGGGAUUGGACCCCUUAACCUCCCUUCAUCUGGCAAACAUCUUGGAUAUUUAUAAGAUUUCACAGCUCACCCAUGGUCCUGCUCCAGUGAUGAAUGCUAAAACCCCGGGACUUCCAUUCUAUCAGAUGUUCCCAAAUGAACAACUUGAGUAUCAGGGGAUUCUCUCUUUACUGCUGCAUUUCAGCUGGAUAUGGAUUGGGGUUCUUGUUAUGGAUAAUGACAAUGGAGAAAGAUUUCUGGAAACUGUGUUUCCACUGUUUUCCCACAAAGGUAUUUGCUUUGAGUUCAUAGAAAGAAUCCCUCAGAUAUCAUUUAUCUCUGAUGUUCUGGCCAUGUUACAACAAGGGACACAAAUAGUUGAUAAAGUUAUGGGCAGCAAAGGAAAUGUGCUACUAGCCUAUGGAGAAUCUUAUUCCAUGGCAUUUUUUAAAUUUGUAGCAUACUUAUCAGAAGAAAAUCAAGGGACAAAUGCCCCCAAAGGUAAAGUAUGGCUAGCCACAGCCCAUACGGAGCCUUCUUCAUUUGUCUUUCAAAGGACUUGGGAUGUAGAAAUUUUCCAUGGUGCAAUAUCCUUCACAAUUCACUCCAAUGAUCUUCCAGGAUUUUACAAAUUUGUUGAGAGCAUAAACCCUACUGACACAACACAUGAUGGCUUUAUCAAGGAGUUCUGGGAAGAGGUUUUCAAUUGUGUAUUUUCAGAUCCAUUGCUGGAUAAGGUGGACAGGAAUAUUUGCACAGGAGAGGAGAAGCUGCAGAAUCUUCCUUGGAGUGCUUUUCAAAUGAGCAUGACUGGCCACAGCUACAAUAUCUAUAAUGCUGUCACUACUGUGGCCCAUGCUUUGCAUGCCAUGUCCUCAUCUAAACUUCAACGAAGAGCAAGAAUGGAUGGAGGAAGAUUCAAGUUUCAGAAUCAACAGUGGUGGCAGCUCCAUCACUUUCUGAAAGGUGUCUCAUUUAACAACAGUGCAGGGGACACUGUUUCCUUUGACCAGACUGGGAAGAUAGUUGCUGGAUUUGAUGUUAUCAACUGGGUUGUUUUCUCAAACCAAACUUUUCUUCGAGUAAAAGUUGGGAGGAUGGAUUCCCAGGCUUCUCUAGAGCAAGCAUUCACCAUCAAUGAAGAUGCUAUAAUAUGGCAUGGGUUUUUUAAUCAGACACGGCCUCAUUCUUUAUGUACUGAGAGAUGUCAGCCUGGUUCCAGAAAGAAAGUGAAGGAGGAGCAGCCAUUUUGCUGCUAUGAUUGCAUCCCAUGCCCAGAAGGAGAGAUUUCAGUUCAGAAGGACAUGAAUGACUGUGAUAAAUGCACAGAUGAAAAAUAUCCAAACAGAAAUCAUGAUUCAUGUAUUCCCAAGACUAUUAGCUUCUUAUCCUAUGAAGAACCUUUAGGACUCACUUUAGCCAGUUUUGCACUUUUAUUUUCUUGUAUCACCACUCUGGUGGUAGGAGCAUUUAUGAAGAAUCACAACACUCCUAUUGUCAGAGCCAACAACCAGAACCUCACCUAUACCCUUCUUAUCUCCCUCCUGCUCUGCUUCCUAUGUACUUUACUAUUCAUUGGACAUCCUUGGAAGGCGACUUGUCUCCUUCGACAAACUGCUUUUGGCAUCAUCUUCUCAGUGGCAAUUUCUUCUGUACUGGCAAAAACCAUCACAGUGGUUCUGGCUUUCAUGGCCACCAGGCCAGGGUCCAGCAUGAGAAAGUGGGUGGGGAAAAGACUGGCAAACUACAUUGUUAUUUCCUGCUCCCUUAUUCAAACAGGGAUUUGUGUUGUGUGGCUGGUGAUAUCUCCCCCAUACCCAGACGUUGACAUGCAUUCAAUGGAUGACAAAAUUGUACUAGAAUGUAAUGAGGGCUCUGUAAUUUUCCUUUACCUUGUCCUGGCCUACAUGGGCUUUCUGGCCAUUGUCAGUUUCACAGUGGCUUUUCUUGCCAGGAAGCUCCCUGACAGUUUCAAUGAAGCCAAAUGUAUCACAUUCAGUAUGUUGGUCUAUUGCAGUGUUUGGCUUUCUUUUGUUCCAACUUAUCUAAGCACCAAGGGGAAAUACAUGGUAGCUGUGGAGAUCUUUUCUAUCUUAGCCUCCGGUGCUGGUUUGCUGAGUUGCAUCUUUUUCCCUAAAUGUUACAUUAUAGUGUUGAAGCCUGAGCUGAACAACAGGGAACAGCUAAUAAGGAAGAAUUUUAUAUAA